GAAACAGGAGAGAGAGAGAGAGGAGAAGAAACAGGAGGAGGAGGAGAUCGAGGAGGGGAUGGGGAUCCGGUUCGUGGUGAUGGUGAACAAGCAGGGGCAGACGCGGGUGGCGCAAUACUACGAGCACCUCUCCGUCGACGAGCGCCGCGCCCUCGAGGGCGAGAUCGUCCGCAAGUGCCUCGCCCGCACCGACCACCAGUGUUCUUUCGUGGAGCACCGCAACUACAAGGUGGUGUACCGGCGCUACGCCUCCCUCUUCUUCCUAGUCGGCGUCGACAACGAUGAGAAUGAGUUAGCUAUCCUUGAAUUCAUUCAUCUUUUGGUUGAAACUAUGGACCGUCACUUUGGCAAUGUGUGUGAGCUCGACAUUAUGUUCCAUCUGGAGAAGGUGCACUUCAUGCUGGAAGAGAUGGUGAUGAAUGGUUGCAUUGUCGAAACUAGUAAACAGAACAUCUUGGCACCAAUCCACCUGAUGGAGAAAACUUCUUAGAAAAAUGCUAUCCAACAGGGGAGUGCCUCAUACUGUUCUGCUUAUCGCCACCGCCUCUGUGCUUCUAUAGAUUUUUCAUCUCAAUGUGUAACCAUCAACGAUUUCCAUGUGCAUAGACUAUUAAACUUGACCUGAUAGGAAAUAAUGAGAAUAUGACAGAUGACGUCUCUGUUCUUUAAUGUUA